ACGCAGUGUAGAGAAGACCCGGAGCAAGACCAACACCCGCCCACAACCCAUCUCCGAUCACCCCCUUCCUUCGGACAGGGUGGAAAUCAUGGGGAACAGCCUGAGGUGUUGUUUGGCGUGCGUUCUUCCUUGUGGCGCUCUCGACUUGAUUCGGAUCGUCCACUUGAACGGCUACGUCGAUGAAAUAACGCGUCCCGUCACCGCCGGGGAAGUCCUCAAGGCCCACCCCAACCACGUCCUCAGCAAGCCGUGCGCCCAAGGGGUGGUUCGCCGCAUCCUCAUACUCUCCCCCGACUCCGAGCUCAAGCGGGGCUCCAUCUACUUCCUCAUCCCCGCUUCUUCUCUUCCCCAAGAAAAAAAGCGGGUGUCCUCCAAGACCAAAGCUCACCGCAAGAAGUCGCACCCUCCUGGUGAAGACGUCUCCGUCUGCGAUCGCCGCCUUGCCUUCUCUAAGAAGAAAUCCUCCUCCUCCUCCCGUAGAGAUCGCCGGCACAGCCGCACCGACAGUGCUUGGACGCCCCACCUCGAGAGCAUCCACGAGGACUGAUAACACAAUAGGCGUGUUCUUUUCCGGUGAGAGGAGUUAUCGGUUUUUGCGGAUACAAAGAUUUUUUCUGCCUUGUUGGUUCCGUCUGCGUGUAGUAACGGCAGAUCGAGAAACGUUGGCAAAUCUACGAUGAGUCGAAGCAUCCCACAAUGACACAGCAAGUCUUACGACAGAGAUUCAACCUUUUUUGUACCGUUUGAACAACUUGUAUAUACAUCCCAAGUUGUAAGUGGAGGUUUUUUACUGUCCUUGUCUUCUUCUUCUUCUUCUUCUUAGCUGAUGCAGAAAAAGAAAGAUUCGGGCAGCGUGUUCUGUUUUACUUCUUCUGAAAUACGAAGGAUCCCCUCUCUGAG